UUCGCGCAACUCAUUUCAUUCGUGCUGGUGCUCAACAUCGAAGAAUGCUCCCCGCUGGUUCUGUUUUCCUGGUGGCGUAACAAGAUAUCCUGAAACUGACUGGCUGUCGCCACCGUCACUCCCGGUGGCGUCGUACGACGGCGCCUCUGUUUUCAGUUUUGAUUACUAUCGCGGCCACUUCCAGCACCAUCUCCACCAUUACCGUCGCCAGCUGCAGUACCCUUGGCACCAUCACCAUCGUACUGUUGGCGAUGCGAUCGUGCCGAUCACUAUGUUUGUUAUUAUUUCAACAAUAAUAAUAAUGUUAACGAUAGUAGUCGUGCGACCACGGUUGCGGUCAGCAACACGGAGAAAGAAGAAUUUAAAAAGGAUGAUGCGUGCGUUUCGUUGUUUAGCGCUCUCGACAGCAGCUGUCGAUGCAGCCCAUCAUCUUCACCGUCUCUUUUAGAUUGUUUGUCGAACCGCAUGGCCAGUUCGAUUUGCUAUAGUCGCGCUUUACGCCAAUACUCCAUGCUGAUAGAGGUGUCGCCUCAUAUCCAUGUUGCAGACCAUGCUACACGACAGCGGCGGAGAAGGCUACCGAGCGGCGAUCGAGGACGGCUAAAGUCAGGGCGCAACCAAGCGCUAGUGGAAGAAAUACCAGCUGUAGCUUUACCUUCAAUACCACCACCUUUUCCACCAACAGGAGUAACACAAUCCUUCCCAAAAGAUAAUUGCACACCAGCGACUUCGAGUGCCAGCUGGUACGGCGCGAAACAGCACACCGCUAGUUCGAAGCCGGUAUUACUUCGGGAUUGUGUUAUUUUUGCCUUCCUCAUCUCUUUGGAUGUGUACUCGUAGCGUUCGUUGUCGCCUUUGCUUGGCUAUCCUGGGCAAGGUGGGCAUACGGUGGUGUUUUGUGAAGCAAGAUAGCAUUUGUGGAAAAAGAAAGUUGGCCACCGAUAAUAACGCGCAAGGUCAAUUUUGUCUCAUUCCCGUCUCCAUUCCCAUCCUUUACUUGUCGUUUUGCCUUUUCUUUUCGUUCGAACACAAUCAAUGUCUAAACCGUCUUCGAAGAAUCGGCGAGCCGUUUCUUCUUCCGAUCUCGCUACAUAAAAGCGAUAGCACUUUUAAUGGAGAGUAGAGCAAAAAAAAAACACAGAAACAUGAAUAGUGCACCCUUUGAUGGUUUAUAAACAUAUAGAGAAACAUGUUCAUAGAACAAUUCAAACAGGAAUAGUGUGUUUUACUGCAUCAUAAACUAACUAAAGAAUUUGAAGAGAGAGAAAUACCCGAUUACGAGAUAAUGACCAUCUCUCAAUGAAGAAAAUUACACGAAAAAGUAACUAUCGCAAAAUAACCUGAGACAAAAAAUGCUGAAUUAUUAAUUGAAGCACAAAAAAUACGAUACAAUAAAAAGGUUUACUAUACUAUAGAUGAUAAGCUAAGGUUCAGGUGUACUUCAGGAAGAGCUAGGAAAAGGUAACGGGAAAAAACCUUUGUUCAAAAGACAAGUUCCGCUAUUUUUAUCUUAUAGACUAUUGCUUGACCGCGCUAGAUAGCUUCAUGGCUGAGUUCGUAGGAAAAUACGAAAGAGCUAAUGGGCAGCGACAGCGGAGAAAAAGUUAAAGCAUUAGAUUUUAAUCCUUUCAUAUUUGUUUUUACUAGAACGCUAAGUGUGGCAACACUUAAGCACAACAUACUUCCAAUCGUGCAUCUAGCACGUGGUAAUGUUAGUUUUAAUUUUUAUUCUGCGUUUAUUUCAUUUUCUCUAUUUUGUUCAAUUAUUUUCCUAAUCGUAACUAUUUCUUAUAAUAAACACGAAACAUGGUUUGUUUGACAUCAUCAA